GGACAGCCCGUCCUGUCAGCCUCCCGGUUGCUGCAGUAACUCAGGGACCGCAGCAGUGAGACUUCAGGGCGAGUGUUUCAUCUAGAUCUGGGGCACCUGAUGCCUGACCCACGUGCCAUCUCCCCUCCCUCCUGUCCCACGCCCGCAGCAGACAUUACAAGUCAAUCAUAGCGAGUAUAUGUGGUUGAAAUCUCAUUUUUCUAGAGUCCCUUUUUCUUAGGCUGGCAGCCUAACCCCUUUUGGACCCAUGUGCUUUGCUGGCUUUGGCUGCUCCCAGUGACGAGGGUCCUAGGAGGGAGUUGGGACAAGUCAGCCCCAGGGCAGACGUGCCAGAGAGAGCUGGGCUAGUGUGAUGGUGGGUUCCUGAAUCACCACGGGGUAGAGAGGGCCCUUUGGUCCUGAUCAGACUCCCCUUGGUAUGGAAGGAGGAGUCAGCACCUGCAGCUCACCCUCUCUAUGUGCUCAGGUAUAUGGUACUUGGCAUUAGGUGAACCAGCACUUAAUGAGCACCAGGUGUGUGCCCGGCCAGCACAUUUUGGAGGGGGGGGUUGUUGCCGACUCCGAGGACAGGAGACAGCCGCACAUCCCUCAAGCACCAUGUUCCUGACUUAUCUGGGUUAUGGUUCCUUUUGAUAACUGGAUAACAGUUUAGAUCCUCCUUCCAGGGAAAAGCCCACAAAGCUUACCAGUCCAGAGUGUUUCCCAGAACCCCUGAAGCCCAUCAGGACACAGUUGAGAGCCCGUCCUCCAGGGGGAGCUAGGCGGUGCUGAGUAGGGGCAGAAGCAGGACCAGGAAGAGGGGGAGGAGCAGGGGUGCCUAGGCAGAGACAGGGCAGGAGGCGGUGGGACAUGUGGGCUGCCAUGAAGGGGUCGCCUCCAGCUGCCCCUCCACUGCCUGACCUGUAAGGCGUGAACACUGGGGAUGCUGUUCUAAUGGGGAAUGCAGGAUUAGGACAGGGAGAGCCUAGGGUGCCCUCCAGGAAGGCAGACGGAAUGCUCGCCUCAAAGCUCGUGGCCUGAGUGAGACUCCUCUGGAAGCCAGUGGGACUGGCCCAUGUGGGGCUCUGGUGAAGCUUCACCGUGUCCUUGCUCUGCCUGCCAGGGUCUGGCACUGGAGGCUCUGAGAGCAAAAUCUCCAGGUGCUUGUGGUUGUAAAGGUACUGGGUGUGCUAACCAGCCCCAAGCCGUCUGCCGGCGAGGGCCAGAGACCUCCUACCCACUAAACAAGAGACCAGCAUUAAGCGCUUGCAAACAGUGACCUAUGGAUGCGUCCAUGCGGGAGUGCAAGAGGUGGACAUCGGUGGACAUCGGCGGAGACUUCUGUCCUCACCAUUGCUUUGCCUUCUGCCUCUCAAGGCUGCCUUCCCCUGAAGCUAGGAGCCACACAGGGAUGGUUUCCGAACCAUGGGCGGAGACCAGGCAGUAACAUUCCCAGGAAUAGCAGGGCCAAGCAUGAGCUACGCUGCCCCGUUGGUCUCCCUGGCCUGUCCCUGUUUUGAAUGUUCAGGGACACCUUUAUCUACUGUUCACUAAGUCCUCUCACCCACCCAGCCUGUGAUCUGUGACCUAGAGGGCCAUGGAAACAGGCCUCCUCAGCCGACCUGGCCUCUUUCCCUGCAGAUCUCCCACAUGGAUCCCCACAGAUGGUACGAAGGGAUAUCGGGCUGUCGGUGACUCACAGGUUCUCCACCAAGUCUUGGCUGUCCCAGGUCUGCCACGUGUGCCAGAAGAGCAUGAUGUUUGGAGUGAAAUGCAAGCAUUGCAGAUUGAAAUGUCAUAACAAGUGUACAAAGGAAGCCCCUGCCUGUAGAAUAUCCUUCCUCCCACAACCUAGGCUUCGGAGGACGGAAUCUGUCCCCUCGGAUAUCAACAACCCGGUGGACAGAGCAGCUGAGCCCCAUUUUGGAACCCUCCCCAAAGCACUGACAAAGAAGGAGCAUCCUCCGGCCAUGAACCACCUGGACUCCAGCAGCAACCCAUCCUCCACCACAUCCUCCACGCCCUCCUCGCCAGCACCCUUCCCAACAUCAUCCAAUCCAUCCAGUGCCACCACGCCCCCCAACCCCUCUCCUGGCCAACGGGACAGCAGGUUCAACUUCCCAGACAUUUCAGCAUUUCCACAGGCAGUCCCAUCCCCUGAUGCGGCAGACAGCACCCGGCUCGACAACCAGCCAAAAGCAGACGUGUUGGAGGAUCACGAUGUGGAGGCCGAGGAGCCAGAGGCCGGCAAGUCAGACGCAGAGGAUGACGAGGACGAGGUGGACGAUCUGCCCAGCUCCCGCCGGCCCUGGCGGGGCCCCAUCUCUCGCAAGGCCAGCCAGACCAGUGUGUACCUGCAGGAGUGGGACAUCCCUUUUGAGCAGGUGGAGCUGGGCGAGCCCAUCGGGCAGGGCCGCUGGGGCCGGGUGCACCGCGGCCGCUGGCACGGCGAGGUGGCCAUCCGCCUGCUGGAGAUGGACGGCCACAACCAGGACCACCUGAAGCUGUUCAAGAAGGAGGUGAUGAACUACCGGCAGACGAGACACGAGAACGUGGUGCUCUUCAUGGGGGCCUGCAUGAACCCGCCCCACCUGGCCAUCAUUACCAGCUUCUGCAAGGGGCGGACAUUGCACUCAUUUGUGAGGGACCCCAAGACAUCUCUGGACAUCAACAAGACCAGACAGAUUGCUCAGGAGAUCAUCAAGGGCAUGGGCUAUCUACAUGCCAAGGGCAUUGUGCACAAAGAUCUCAAAUCCAAGAACGUCUUCUAUGACAAUGGCAAAGUGGUCAUCACAGACUUCGGGCUGUUUGGCAUCUCGGGUGUGGUCCGAGAGGGCCGGCGUGAGAACCAGCUGAAGCUGUCCCAUGACUGGCUCUGCUACCUGGCCCCAGAGAUCGUCCGCGAGAUGACCCCCGGGAAGGACGAGGACCAGCUGCCGUUUUCCAAAGCUGCUGACAUCUAUGCGUUUGGGACUGUUUGGUAUGAACUGCAAGCAAGAGACUGGCCCUUUAAGAACCAAGCUGCAGAGGCCUUGAUCUGGCAGAUUGGAAGCGGAGAGGGUAUGAAGCGUGUCCUGGCCUCCAUCAGCCUGGGGAAGGAAGUCACUGAGAUCCUAUCUGCCUGCUGGGCUUUCGACCUGCAGGAGAGGCCCAGCUUCACCCUGCUGAUGGACAUGCUGGAGAAGCUGCCCAAGUUGAACCGGCGGCUCUCCCACCCCGGCCACUUCUGGAAGUCUGCUGACAUUAACAGCAGCAAAGUUGUACCCCGGUUUGAAAGGUUUGGCUUGGGUGUCCUGGAGUCCAGUAAUCCAAAGAUGUAGCCAGCCAUGCAGUUUCUCUGCCGAUUUCUUUCUUUCUUAAAUGUGUUUCUAAAGCAUCCAAAUAACCACCAUGACACAAACGAAAACACUCUUUGAAACAUCGGUCCACCCUCCUAAGUGCUGCAGACCAGGAGUGUGAGUCCUCCACUCAGAUGUUCAUCCACAAAAACACCGGGAGAUAGAGCUGCACCUGCUGUUUCUUAAAGUGAUUUCACCAACAACCAGACCUGCCCCAACAGGCAGCGAAUGUUUACAUGUAUGUUUCUGGGGCGUGAACUCAAUGCUUUACAACAGAUAAUAAUACAAAGUGGUCCACAGAGGCACUCUGGCACCACUGGCCGGGAUGGUGGAACUGGCCUUCCCCUCUGGAGGAUCCUGGCGGCGGUGCGGAAAAGGAAGAAAAGCAUCGUGACUGUGGCUGUUCUCGGGGUGGGAUAGGGACCACAAAGUUUGACCUGGACUCUGCUUUGGCCCUAAACCCCAUCCGUGGGGAAUGUCCCUGUAGGGUUUUCCUCCUAUCCUAACAAAGGGACACUGUCCUUUUUUCCUCUGGCAAAGGAAACCCUGGCUAGGAACCAAGCUGGAUUAUGAGGGUCAGGAGUUCCCAGAGGGCUUGGGUUCCCUUUUGACCCCAAUAAUCCGGCCCAUACCUGCUGGAAAAGUUGAAACAGAUUAAAUCCAAGUAAUGUCUGGAUUGAUCCAGGGGUUGGUGGCCAGGGUUUCCAGCGCCUGUAGAGAGGUCUCUUUCACACAGCUUCCAGGAAGACACCAAGGAGAUGGUACUCAGGGCUUCAGCUUUUUAGACACAUCCCAGUCCUGGCUGACAUUUGACCCCAGAGCUAAGGCCCAGCCUGGCAGCUGCAUGUACCAUGAAGGCUUGCUCAGGAAGAACAGAGAGGGGAGGGGGAGGGAGAAGUGGCAGGCAGCAGGUUCCUGAGCCCACCCUCCCAGCCACAGGGUGACCUGGCUCUUCAGAAGCCCCAUCAGUCAUGCCAAGGUUCUGGAAUUGCCCAUCCCUUCUCCUCCAAUCCUGUUGGAAGCCCAUAGCCACGCCUGACUCUUCCACUGUCCUUGUUCUGAGCUCUUAGCUAAGGCGGGAGGCCUGUGCCCCUCCACACUGUUGAUCUAGACCACCCAGUCCACCAGGCCUCAGAGCCUCCCCUGAACCGAGUCAGGACCAUCUGUGCAUGUAUAUUUGCACCAGAAAGGGGCUUGACUGGGGGAUGUCCAUCAUGAUGUCAGCACAUCCUGCCUAUCUUCGUUAGAAGCUGUCACCUAAGGAGAACAGUUCCAAAUGGCAAAGAAGCCUUUAGCGGGUGUUACGCCAUGUUAGGCGUCAAACCAGGACUGACCAAGGGUGAUGAGGGUGGAGAUGUGGUUGGAUUCAGACCCAGAACCUGUGUCCGUGCUCUGAGCCAAGAUGGGGGCAUGUGGCCCUCCCAUCCCUUUCAUUUAGACCCACCCAGCAAAGCUCCCAAUCUUCAGAGCCUUCCCUGGAGUCUGGCCAAAAUGUCGGACGAAGCAGGCUACUGCCUAGAAGUGGUAGGGCUGCCUUCCUGAGUCAAGCGCCCCUCAGGCGGGCCACCUUCGCCUGGAGAGCACAGCUGUGCAGUAGUGUGAGGUAUCCAGGCUCCCGCUGCCCAUCCACGCCCCAGACCUGAGCUCCUUAACCCUUCCCGGUCAGUGUGUAUGGGGAAGACCAGAGAUGUAAGCCAGCUGGAUUCAGCUUUGUUGGGGGGGGGGGUCUUUCCUCUUCUGUGGGGCUGCUGGCUUCACCCCCUCAUCCCUUGGCCUCCCCGCUGGGUGUCACGCCUACGGGUCAGUUCAAGAAGCUUUCAUCGAGCACUGACGGUGUCUUGAGCAAGUGUAGGGGACCCCGCAAUGGGAGCAGUCACGGUCCCUGCCCUUAAGGAACUGACGCUCAGCCAGGAACCCUGAAGGGUUGCUGAAGGCCUGGAGGACAGGCCCUUCCUCUUCAGGACCCCGGACAGCCAACCCAGCUCUUGGCCUGGCCUCUGUGCUGCCUGUCCUUUAAGAGAAACGUGGUCCCCUUCUCCCUGUCAAAGUGACUGUGAAUUGAGGUUGGGAAGACGUGCCUGCCCUUCUGUGUGCUCUCCCUGUCUGCCAUGGAAACACAUGAAGGACGGCCAGAUACUGUGAAUUCAGCGCUCACGGCCAACUGUGAAGGGGAUGGAGAAGCUGGGACCGCCUCCUCGGCGAGACCUGUGGGGGCUGCAGAGGUCCCCACCAGGGUCUGAGAGUGGAGCCCAAGCUUUGGUCCUUCGCAGCACAGCCCCAGUCCCCAGCAUCCCCUCCAAAACCCUAGGGCCCGUGUCCCCGCUGCCUUUAACCCUCAGAGCCACAGCCCCUGGCUCUCCAUCAGCUCGAGGUCUUCAAUCAAGCUCCCCGUUGGUAGCGGGCAGUGUAGCAAUGUUGACCUCUCCGUGUCACCAAGUCAGUGCAGGGCGCCGGAAUCCCUCUGUCCUCUCGUGGCAUUCUCUUUGUGAUCCCAGGGGGCAGCCGUGUGCCCUGUACGCCUGCAUCGCUGUUCCGUGUUGAUUAGGGGGCCUGGCGGAGACCUAAAUGUGAAGCCAUUAGGGAGCUCGUGUGAUGCUACAACGUUAGCCCGGAUUUCAUUAGCGUAUGUAAAGCCAGUGUCCUCCGUGGCCUCGGGCGCACACUUGCUUUUUUUGAAUGUGAUGUAAAAUUUGUACAGUAAAAGUUUUUAUAUUUUCUAUCAACUGCAUUUGUCUUCCAGAAAUGCUAUUAAUUUAAAUUAAAAUGGUUAGUAUUAAUGAACGUGCUGUAUCCGUUUUUUUGUCACUGGCAAGAACACAUCCUUUGUGCCAGGCCAAGCCUGGGUGUCUGGAGUUUGUGAAUAAAAUUGUACCAAGGUGUC